AUGUUAGUUUGUAGAUCGAGAGAGCAUUUGCAUUUGCUUUGGAAGAAAAAGAAGUGUUUGGAGAUGGCGAAAUCACCAGAAACAGAGCACCCAGUUAAGGCUGUUGGGUGGGCUUCGAGAGACACAUCUGGAGUUAUGUCCCCUUUCAAUUUCUCAAGAAGGGCAACUGGCGAUCGUGAUGUGCAGUUCAAGGUUCUGUACUGCGGCGUCUGCCAUUCUGAUCUUCACAUGAUAAAGAACGAGUGGGGCUUCACACAAUACCCUAUUGUUCCCGGGCAUGAGAUCGUGGGAAUAGUAACUGAGAUAGGCAACAAGGUUGAGAAAGUGAAGGUAGGAGACAAAGUAGGAGUGGGAUGCUUGGUGGGAUCGUGCCGCCAAUGCGACCAAUGCUCCAACGAUCUCGAAAACUACUGCUCCAAACAGAUCCUCACCUACAGCAUGCCUUACUUGGACGGCACAAUCACCUACGGCGGCUACUCCGAUCUCAUGGUCGCAGACGAGCACUUCAUCAUCCGAUGGCCCGAGAAUCUACCCAUGGACAAGGGCGCUCCCCUCCUCUGUGCUGGCAUCACCACCUACAGCCCCCUCAAGUACUUCGGCCUCGACAAGCCCGGCCUCAAUGUCGGGGUUGUUGGCCUCGGUGGCCUCGGCCACGUCGCCGUCAAGUUCGCAAAGGCAUUCGGGACUCGAGUCACGGUCAUCAGCACUUCCUUGAGCAAGAAGAAGGAAGCUCUCGAAAAUCUCGGCGCGGAUGAUUUCUUGGUCAGCCGCGACGACGAGCAGAUGAACGCGGCAGCGGGGACGCUGGACGGCAUCAUUGACACCGUGUCGGCGACACAUCCCCUGCUGCCGUUGUUAGGCUUACUGAAGCCUCACGGUAGGCUUAUCACAGUCGGGGCUCCCGAGAAGCCGCUCGAGCUCCCGGUGUUUCCUCUAAUUUUUGGGAGGAAGUCGAUAUCGGGAAGUGGGAUCGGAGGGCUGAAAGAGACUCAGGAGAUGAUGGAUUUUGCGGCGAAGCACAAUAUAUUGCCGGAUGUGGAGAUAAUCCCGAUAGACUACAUCAACACUGCUAUGGAGCGUCUCUUGAAGGCUGAUGUCAAGUAUCGCUUUGUCAUUGACGUUGCCGGUUCCUUGAAAUCCAACUAAGGAGGCCAUUUGCUAUCAAUAAUUCGCUACCAAAUAAGGAGACUGUUAAGGGCGUAAUAAUAGAGCUAUACUUUUCCGACAUUUGGUGUCGUAUUGCUAUUGUAUAAUGAGUGGUUAACAGUACUAAUUUCAAUAUCUGUAUUAUGAAAACGUAUGGGUCGGCGAAGACGUAUAUGCAUGUUCCAAUAGAAUUCCUUCUUAAUACUA